AUGUCAUUCACAAACAGAUCUUCUGUGGCGUUUUUAGUUUUACUCUUCCUUUCUGCUAGUUUCAUAACACAUACUACAUCCCGGUUGCUCCCUGAAACUUCAAGCUACGAGACCCACGAGCAAUGGAUGACACGUUAUGGGCGUGUAUACAAGGGUUCUGAAGAGAAAGAGCAACGUGCAAAGAUUUAUCAAGAGAACGUUCAAUACAUAGAGUCUUUCAACAAUGCCAUGAACAAAGGUUACAAAUUAGCAAUCAAUGAAUUUGCAGAUCUUACAAAUGAAGAGUUCAGAACCACGAGAAACCGAUUCAUGGCCCAUGAAUGCUCCCCGUCUUCCUCUUCUUUCAGGUAUGAAAAUGUAACUGCAGUUCCAUCGUCAAUGGAUUGGAGAAAGAAAGGUGCAGUAACACCGGUUAAAGACCAAGGCCAAUGUGGAUGUUGCUGGGCUUUUUCAGCGGUAGCAGCUAUGGAAGGAAUAACCCAACUAAAAACAGGCAAAUUGAUCUCUCUAUCGGAACAAGAGCUUGUGGACUGCGACACUAGUGGUGUAGAUCAAGGAUGUGAGGGCGGCCUUAUGGACAACGCCUUUGAUUUCAUAGUUAACAAUAAAGGUCUCACUUCAGAAAGCAACUAUCCAUACCAAGGAGUUGAUGGCACCUGCAACAGCAACGAGGCAUCUAACAACGCUGCAACAAUUACAGGUCAUGAAGAUGUUCCUACUAAUAGUGAAAGUGCAUUACUAAAAGCUGUAGCUAGUCAGCCCGUAUCUGUUGCCAUUGAUGCCAGUGGAUCCGCCUUCCAGUUCUACUCUAGCGGUGUGUUUACAGGAGAGUGUGGCACGGAACUUGACCAUGGUGUUACUGCAGUCGGUUAUGGAACGAGCGAUGAUGGGACCAAGUAUUGGUUGGUGAAAAACUCAUGGGGAACAAGUUGGGGUCAAGAGGGUUACAUAAUGAUGCAGAGAGAUGUUGAAGCCAAAGAAGGCAUUUGUGGCAUUGCCAUGCAGGCUUCGUAUCCUACUGCAUAA